CUGGUUAGCUCUGCUGCAGAAUGACGUCAGCAAUUCAAAACACAGGCAAGUCCAGACACACUACCGUCUGAUCGGUCAUACGAUCUACGCUUUAAUUUAUUCUAGCCAACUGACCUAGGAUCUUUCUAUCACGUUACAUGCGAAUGAAGCCUGAAAGAGGAAACGUCAACGACUGUUUUGGCUUAUUUCGAAGGAAUAUAAUUUUGCGCGAGAUGUCCGGAUAUUGACAUUGUGAAGCUACCUGUCAAAGGGAUCUGUGAAGUGCUGGACUGUUAUUGACACGAGCCGAGCGGUGUUAUCUCUGCUCAUGACGAUGCCACUCGAGGAUGAUCUAGCCUCAGCAGCGGCGACUGGCAACACCGAUCGUGUUAAAAUUCUAUUACAAAGUGGAGUGGACGUCAACGGUGUAAACUGCUUUGGACGGACACCUCUGCAGGUGAUGAUGAUGGGCAGUUCACCAGUGGCGCAGUUGUUACUAAUGAAAGGAGCGGAUCCUAAUAUCGCAGACCGACACACUGGGACAACGCCGUUACACGAUGCCGCCAGGAUGGGCUUUUUGGACACGGUAGAGAUCCUUGUCCAAUUCCUCGCCGAUCCGAAUAGCCGGGACAAUAGGAACUGCCGGCCAAUCGAUUUGGCGAGAGAAAGUGGACAUCAUAAUGUCGUUGCGUUUCUGCAGGCUUUGUGAAAUCAAAGAUACGUUGUAUUUAUUUGUGUGACGAUUGUAUUGUAUAGAAUACGGAUGUAUAUUCUAGACCCAUUCAUUUCUUAAACACUUUUUUUCUCGAUAAAAAAAAAUGCUUUAUUUAUGCCUCUCAAAGAGUAUUGCACUUAUGCACUUAAUCAACGGUUUGUUAAUUAGGCUUAAGAUGUAUAAGUACAUGUACCAUUUUUGUUUUUAGUGUUAAGUUGUAAUUAGGAUAUUUGGGUUUUUUAAAAUAUUAAAUCAUGUAAUAAUCACAGAUAGACUGCUUUGGCGUUGCUAUAGGAAAAUAUAUACUCUGCCAUAUUGAUAAGGUGAGGGAUUUACUGAACCAAAAAUAAAAGCACACAGGUAUUGAUACCCUUCAAUACACCCGUUUGAACUUUU